CGCGAGCCGGAAGUAGCUGCCUGACUGGAAGGCGUGAGGACCAUUGUGGCAUGACCCACCACACACAGUUUUAUGCAGUCCUGGACUCACAGAGAUCCUCCUGCCUCUGCCUCCCGAGUGCUGGAAUUAAAGCUCUCUGACCUGGAAGAACAACAAUGUCAUCAGAGUCUAGCAAAAAGCGGAAACCCAAAGUGAUCCGAAGUGAUGGAACCCCAAGCGAAGGGAAACGGAAUCGAUCUGACACUGAGCAGGAAGGCAAGUACUACAGUGAGGAAGCUGAGGUUGACCUGCGGGACCCUGGCAGAGACUAUGAGCUGUACAAGUACACUUGCCAGGAGCUACAAAGGUUGAUGGCUGAGAUCCAGGACCUGAAGAGCAAGGGCAGCAAGGAUGUGGCCAUUGAAAUAGAAGAACGAAGGAUCCAGAGCUGUGUGCAUUUCAUGACUCUCAAGAAGCUCAACCGAUUAGCCCAUAUCAGGUUAAAGAAAGGAAGAGACCAGACCCACGAGGCCAAGCAGAAAGUUGAUGCCUACCACCUGCAGCUCCAGAACCUGCUCUACGAAGUGAUGCACCUCCAGAAGGAGAUCACUAAAUGUCUGGAGUUCAAGUCAAAGCAUGAAGAGAUUGAUCUGGUCAGUUUAGAAGAAUUUUAUACAGAGGCUCCACCAAGCAUCAGCAAGGCUGAAAUCACCAUGGGAGACCCUCACCAACAGACCUUGGCUCGUUUGGACUGGGAGCUGGAACAGCGGAAAAGGCUGGCAGAGAAGUACCGAGAGUGUCUUUCCAACAAGGAGAAGAUCCUGAAGGAGAUUGAGGUGAAGAAGGAGUACCUGAGCAGCCUGCAGCCUCGCCUCAACAGCAUCAUGCAGGCUUCCCUGCCAGUGCAAGAAUACCUGUUCAUGCCGUUCGACCAGGCACACAAGCAGUACGAGACUGCCAGGCACCUGCCACCUCCCCUCUAUGUGCUGUUUGUGCAGGCCACUGCAUACGGGCAGGCUUGUGCUCAUAUGAAAUCCUCCUCCCAGCCCCCUAGACAGGAUAAGACGUUGUCUGUGGCCAUUGAAGGCAGCGUGGAUGAAGCCAAAGCUCUCUUCAAACCCCCUGAGGACUCCCAAGAUGAUGAGAGCGACUCUGAUGUGGAGGAGGAGCAGACCACGAAGCGGCGUCGACCCACACUUGGGGUUCAGUUGGAUGACAAGCGCAAGGAGAUGCUGAAAAGGCACCCACUGUCAGUCUUGAUUGAUCUGAAGUGCAAAGACAACAGUGUGCUUCAUCUGACUUUCUACUAUCUCAUGAACCUCAACAUCAUGACCGUGAAAGCCAAAGUGACAACCGCCAUGGAGCUCAUCACCCCCAUCAGUGCAGGAGACUUACUGUCUCCUGACUCGGUCUUGAGCUGCUUGUAUCCAGGAGAUCAUGGAAAGAAAACUCCAAAUCCAGCUAAUCAGUAUCAGUUUGAUAAAGUUGGCAUCCUGACUUUGAAAGACUAUGUACUUGAGUUAGGUCACCCCUAUUUGUGGGUACAGAAGCUGGGUGGCCUCCACUUCCCCAAAGAGCAGCCCCAGCACACAGUGAUUGCUGACCACUCACAGAGCGCCAGCCACAUGGAGACCACCAUGAAACUGCUGAAGACCAGGGUGCAGUCCCGCCUGGCUCUCCACAAGCAGUUUGCAUCUCUGGAACAUGGCAUUGUGCCAGUUACCAGUGAUUGCCAGUACCUCUUCCCUGCCAAGGUUGUUUCUCGCCUGGUAAAGUGGGUGAUAAUUGCCCAUGAAGAUUACAUGGAGCUGCAUUUCACCAAGGACAUCGUAGAAGCAGGACUGGCUGGGGACACCAAUCUCUACUACUUGGCGCUUAUUGAGAGGGGAACAGCUAAACUUCAAGCUGCGGUGGUGCUCAACCCUGGCUACUCUUCCAUCCCACCCAUUUUCCGACUCUGUCUAAACUGGAAAGGGGAGAAAACCAACAGCAAUGAUGACAAUAUUCGGGCUAUGGAGAGUGAGGUCAACGUGUGCUACAAGGAGCUGUGUGGUCCUCGGCCCAGCCACCAGCUCUUAACCAACCAGCUGCAGAGGCUGUGUGUGCUGCUGGAUGUCUACCUAGAGACAGAGAGCCAUGAUGACAGCGUAGAGGGCCCCAAGGAAUUUCCUCAGGAGAAGAUGUGCCUGCGGCUUUUUAGGGGCCCAAGUAGGAUGAAGCCAUUUAAAUAUAACCAUCCUCAAGGAUUCUUCAGCCACCGCUGACUUCCCUCUCUACUUGUUGUUCCCUCAGAGCCCUGCCCUGGGUCCUGGGGAUCUGCUUUUUGCUCUGGACGUGUAGUUCUUGAUAUUUUCCAAAGACACCAGAUGAUUAAAAUGUCACCUGAACAAAUA